AUGGCUUUGCUCGAGUUCAAGAAAGCAAUCGAGCACGACCCGAGUAAUUUCGUGCUCGGUUCUUGGAAUGACGAGUCCAUCGAUUUUAACGGUUGCCCCUCGUCUUGGAACGGUAUCAUAUGUAAUGGGACAAACGUUGCAGCUGUUGUUCUUGAUGAUCUGGGGUUGUCUGCCACCGUUGAUUUGAGCGUUUUUGCAAAUCUAACCAUGCUUGCAAAACUCUCGAUUUCCAACAAUUCGAUUUCCGGGAGGUUACCCGACAAUCUAGGCCAAUUCAAGAGCCUUGAGUAUUUGGAUAUUUCGAACAACUUGUUUUCUUCAGAACUUCCUCCUGACAUGGGCAAACUGGUCCACUUAAAGAAUCUUUCACUUGCCGGAAAUAAUUUCUCCGGUCAAAUCUCGGAUACAAUUUCAGGGCUCGCUUCGAUACGUUCAUUGGACAUGAGCCGUAAUUCUCUUUCCGGGCCGUUACCAUUGUCCCUGACGAAAUUGAGAGGAUUAGUGUAUCUUAAUCUCUCGAUGAAUGCUUUUAACCAAAGCAUACCGAAAGGGUUUGAGCUCCUGCCGAGACUCGACGUUCUUGAUUUGCACGGCAAUGAACUCGAUGGCGAGUUUGAUCCGCAACUCUUGCUGCUCACUACAGCUAGUUAUGUUGAUCUUAGUGGGAAUUUGCUCGCGAGUUCAGUUAGAGAGAAGCGGGAAAGUUUUCUGGCGGGUAUUUCGCCUUCGGUUAGUUAUUUAAAUCUCAGCCAUUGCGAAUUAACUGGAUCGCUUGUGGGUGGUGGCGGUGAGGCUGAUGCGUUCGGGAGCUUAAAGGUUCUUGAUUUGAGCUAUAAUCAGCUUUCUGGCGAGUUACCUGGUUUUAGUUUCGUUUAUGAUCUUCAAGUGCUGAGGCUUUGUAACAACAGAUUUUCGGGUUACAUACCGAACAACCUUCUGAAAGGAGGUUCUUUCGUUCUGACUGAGUUGGACUUAAGUGGCAAUAAUCUCUCAGGUCCCAUAACUACAAUUACAUCAACAACUUUGCACACGCUUAAUCUCUCCUCGAAUGUGCUUUCUGGCGAACUUCCAGCAUUGACCGGAGGUUGUGCAGUGAUUGACCUCUCGAGUAACCAAUUCGAAGGAAAUUUAACUCGUCUGCUAAAAUGGGGGAAUGUGCAAGUCCUCGAUUUAAGCCGAAACCGGUUGACAGGUCCAAUUCCCGAAGAAACUGCUCAGUUUUUACGCUUAAAUUAUCUCAACUUAUCUCGAAAUUCACUGAUCGGUCCUCUUCCGAAAGUGGUCACAUCAUUUCCAAAACUCACUGUUCUCGAUCUCAGUUUCAACCGUUUGGAUGGACCUCUUUUGACCGCUCUCUUCACACGGUCAACUCUUGAAGAGCUUCACCUACAGAGCAACCGAUUUACUGGAAGUGUCGAUUUUUCACCUUCCUCUGCUGGAGAUUUUCCAAAUCUUCGAGUUCUUGAUCUUUCUGACAAUCACCUUAAUGGCUCUUUGCCUGAUUCGAUCAGUAAUAUGACUGCCUUAAAUUCCUUAGACAUUUCUCGAAAUAAUUUCACUGGCCCGAUUCCUAACAACUUAUCCGACACUCUCGAAUGGUUUAACGUCUCGUGUAAUGAUCUUUCUGGUGUUGUCCCGGUAAAUUUGAGAAAAUUUCCUCUAUCUUCUUUCUAUCCGGGUAAUUCUCAGCUGCAGUUCCCUAAUCCGCCACCUGGUGGCUCAAAUAAUGCUCCAUCUCAAAAUGCAAGAAAGAAACACACAAGAACUAUCAUCAUCAUAAUCUUAACAACAGUUGCUUGUGUACUACUUGCACUGAUCAUUUUUUUGAUCCUUCUUGCCUGUUUCAUUCACCAAAAGCACAAAAAAUCACAAAAGCAGCCUUUGCCACUCGUAAUAACCAGCAAAGACCACCCGAACCCUCAACAAACCUCAGCAAAUGAAUCUGAUGAUUUCGCCACGGUUCAUGCUUCAGAAGAGAAUCUCAUGACAUCACAAAAGGGAUUGAAAAGAGAAAAAAUAAUUAGUCCCGAUGAGAAAACAGCAGCCAUAAGAGGUUUUUCCCCUUCGAAGACCAGUUUAUCAUGGUCACCCGAGUCUGCAGAUUCAAAUACUGCAGAAAAUGUUUCGAAAUUGGAUGUGGGGUCCCCCGAUCAGAUGGCUGGCGAGCUGAACUUUCUAGAUGAUACACUUUCUUUCACGGCUGAAGAACUUUCGCGGGCCCCGGCUGAGGUGCUCGGGAGGAGCAGCCACGGGACGUCUUACAAGGCGACUUUAGGAGAUGGACUUGUGCUGACUGUGAAGUGGCUGAGAGAAGGGGUCGCAAAGCAAAGAAAGGAAUUUGCUAAAGAAGCAAAGAAAUUUGCUAAUAUUCGACAUCCGAAUGUGGUUGGGGUUAGAGGAUACUAUUGGGGCCCCACGCAGCACGAGAAGCUUAUUCUUUCGGACUAUAUAUCUCCAGGGAGUCUCGCGAGUUUUCUUUAUGGUAAUUUGCUCUUUCUGCCUUCACAGGCUAUCUAUGUAACUAUGUAUCAUCUCAUCUGCAUUUUAAACCUUGAUGUUCGCUAUGUGAAAAAAAAUAAUCUUUAA